GAAUGAUCGUCUGCGGUAGACUCGUGCAUUUAGCUUUAUAAUUAGAUUCGUUGGCAUUAAAAUGAGUGAAGAAAAAAUCACAAAAAGUCUAGAAUACAUAAAGAAUCUAAAGCUUGGUGAUGCAAUUUAUAACUCUAAAAUUCAACGUCUAUACUUGCAAAUUUUGGAGAGCAAGAAGCUUAUUUUAGAGAUAGAGAAUUUUGCUGACGCGUACAGUUUUGAUCAAUUCACACCUGAAAAUGGUUUUCGGAGUAUAAUUGAAAUUUAUUUUAUCGCAAUUGCACAAGCAUUAGAAGCAUGUGAUAAGCCAAAGGGAAUUAGAAAAUUUUUUAUGACAAGAAGUCGUCAAAUAAAUGACAUUCAAAACUUCUGUGGCAUUGUCGAUAAUUUUUUAAAAAUGUUCUACGCAUUGCUUGAGUUCCAUAAAAAUUCAAAAGUCAAAGGGUCAUUAAUAGCCGAAGAGGGUGAAAGCGAUAAUAUCGUAGCUAAAACAUACAAAGAUAUCAACUUAUUGAGUUUUUAUAAUCAAAACAUUGGUUUUCAUCAUGAAACUCCAACGAGUCUCCAAUCACGACAGUUUAGUCUUAUCAUUACCUUAUUCGCCGACUAUUACUACUCCGGAAAGAACUUAAUGGUACGAAUUUUAUCGAUUCCGAUGAGUGCAAUCAAAUAUUUUUUCAGUGAUCAUGCUCGUGCAUUAAAGCAUGAGGACGUUAUCAGAAAUGCUGAUAUUGAAUUUUUGAGGUUUGCGUCACUUUUCUUCGUGUCGAAGCUCUCAUGCUACAUACAAAAUAUCUUCAGCUACAGACUGAAGGUCAACAAGGAGAUAAAAAUUGCACCAGAACCACUUCAAAUAUUGAGUUCAAAAUACAGCGGAUUAAAUGGAUUAAACGUUUCAGUUCCACAGACCCAUAUCGGCGUACGUCCAAUUUUGUGUCAAUUAUAUAGUUCGAAAACUAGACAAGGCAUGGUAGGCGAGAAGUCAUCAGUUGAGCCGUCAAAAACUCUUAUCAUUCACGUUCAUGGAGGUGGAUUUUAUACAAAUUCUCCGCAGUCACACGAAGUAUACUUACGCGAUUGGGUAGUUAAGCUUGACGUUCCGAUAUUAGCAAUCAAAUACAGUCUCGCACCAAAAGCUCCUUUCCCACGUGCUCUUGAAGAGAUUUUCUAUGUUUACUGUUGGGUUUUAAAGCAUGGAAAUCUUCUUGGAACUACAGCUGAAAAUAUAAUUCUUGUCGGUGACUCUGCUGGAGCUAACUUAAUCACAGCUUUAACAAUAAAAUGCAUUGAGUCAGGAGUGAGACUUCCACAAGGACUUCUAAGCAUUUAUGGACUAUUUUUAUCAAACUAUUCAGCCAUUCCAUCGAUGAUGAUGGGAUUUGUGGACAUGAACUUAAACUAUAAUCACAUAUUGAGGAUCUUCAAAUCAUAUGCUGGUCAUCAUAAGCACUUAAAAUUCCAAAGAAAUGGUCAAAUCCCAAAAGCUCCAGUCAAUGAAUUUUGUGAUAAGAUUCCAAAGAAUCAUCAUAUGUCACCAAUAUUGGCACCUGAUGAUAUCAUCAAGCAGUUCCCUAAAAUGAUACUUUUAACUACAACUUUGGAUCUGUGCUUGGAUGAGAAUGUUGAAUUUGCUAAGAAAUUAAGGAGAAAUGGAGUUGAUGUAAAAUUGGAUGUGAUUCAUGGGCUCAUCCAUGGAUUCAAUCAUAUGGUGAAGGUAUGCAGCAAAAGCUACAAUGCUUCAAUGACGUGUGCUCAACACUUACAAGAUCUUAUCAAUCAUCACACAUGAAAUUGUAUAUUAUUAUUGUGAAUAUAAUUAGUAAUCUAUGCUGUUAAUUGUGAAUUAUUAAAAUUAACGUGAAUGGGCAAUUGAUACUAAUGUCUAGUAAAUGACUAGACGUCUAGUGUAUAACCAGAAGUCAAGUUACUAGACAUUAGAGUCAAGUGUCCACUCUGGUUAUUGUUACCUCAUCCAAAAGUUAUGCUGCAUUAAAAUAAUAAAAUGAUUUAUUUUUUUACAAAAUAUAUCGACUCUGAAUUUGUCUUUAUUCAUCAAUAAGAGUUCCAACAAAUUUUUGCCAACUUUCAGGAACUUCCAGGACAGCUUCAACACCCCCUCAGUCAAAAUAAACACCAAAAACAUUAAACAAUCCAAACACAUUGUUCCGCUCAUAAACAAAAGUUGCCAUUGUGUCAUUAUUAACAUCCCACAGCACUGCAAUACUCUUGUCAAAUCCUUGAUACAUUUUCUGACCGAUUGUUACAGACACAAAAAUUUUGUAGCGAUCAAAUUCAUAAUUUUUAACUUCCAACAAAAUUUCUUCGGACAAUUUUCGAGCUAUUGAAUGCAUGGACUUGGUAUUGUCAAAUUCAAAUUUCUCGUGCUCAUCGAGUCUGUCUUUGAUGCGACUUUCAAGGAAAUCUUCAACAAUUCUCGGAUCGAAAGGCUUUUGAGAUUCCAUACGAUAAGUUGGCAUGAAGAUUUCUGCUGGACGUAGUAUUGAUGAUUGUCGAUCACGUCUUAUUUUAAUGUUUGUGAACAUUUGUGUUAAUCUUGUUGAGUAACGAGCUCUGGAACCGACGAGAUUGCUUAUUCUUGACUUUCUGUCCAAUUCAUCAUCAUCGUCCUGUCCUGGAUAUUUACUCUUCCUGUAUUUUCUUGAGCUUGUUUCCGAUCCAUUAUCGUUGUCAUCAGGAUAUGUACUUUUUCUGAAUGUUCUUGACUGUGGUGGUGAAUCUUCAUCCUCGGUUUGUGUUGCAAAUAGGCUUUUUCUGAAUGUCCUAUGUUCAGCUGGAGAAAUUCGUGCAUCUUCUUCUGGCAAAUCGAAUUUAAGUUCUUUUUUUGGUGGCAUUUUUGAGGUAUAAAUGAAAAGUUU